AAGCCAAGAAUUCAGAAGCAUUUCUGGAAAGUUUCUUCUUGUGUUCUUCUCCAGUCUUUCCUUCCAAGUUCUUUAUUUCCAACAAAGUGGUAUUAGAGCUUACUUCCAAAGAUGAAUAGUACUUUUCCCUUUGUAGUUCCCAAACUUACAAAGGAGAAUUAUGGACAUUGGUGUCUUCGCAUGAAGGCAUUGCUUGGCUCACAAGAAGCAUGGGAGGUUGUUGAGAAAGGCUAUGAUGAACUAGAGAAUGAAAGAGAGUCUAAAUCUGUUUUCGACUAUUUCACUAGAGUGUCUUCCAUUGUCAAUCAAAUGAAGCGUUAUGGAGAAAAGAUUGAAGAUGUACAUGUUGUGGAGAAGAUUCUCAGGUCACUUGACUCAAAACUUGAGUUUGUGAGUGUUGCCAUUGAAGAAUCAAAUGACUUGGAUUCCAUGACCCUCGAUCAACUCAUGGGGUCCUUGCAAGCAUACGAAGAAAGAUUUAAAAAGAAGGGAGAAUCAAUGACCCAAGUUCUCCAAACUAAGGUCUCUUUGGCAAAACAAGAGCAAGAGCAAGAGCAUGGAAGAUCUCACGGAAGAGGUCAAAAUCAAGGUCGAGGCCGAAGUCAUGGUUGUGGUCGAGGAGGAAAUUUUGGCCAUGGCAAAGGAAGAAAUGAAGGUGGCCAGAAUUCUAACAAUGAAGGGUCAAGCAAUCAACCACGAGGAUGUGGAAAUUAUGGUUCAAAGAGAGGUAGUGGAAGAAGUUCCUCCACCAACAAUGAGGAGAGAGCUAAUUAUGUUGAAGCAAAAGAAGAAGAAGAAUUGCUACUGUUGAUGGCAACUAAAGAAGAAAGAGAGACAAGAGCAUGGCACCUUGACACUAGUGCCGCUAAUCACAUGAGUGGCAACAAAGAGUUGUUCUCAACUCUUAAUGAGGCAAUGAAAAGCAACAUUAUAUUUGGAGAUACCAAAGUCCCAAUCAAAGGCAAAGGUACCUAUGGAGAAGAACAGAAUGGUUCUGCUCAAUGUUCACAUAGAUCAUCCAAGAAGCUUGAAGAAGCUUCUUGGCUUUGGCACUUGAGACUGGGUCACUUGAAGUUUGGUGGCUUGAAGGCUUUAGCAAAUGAAGAGAUGGUGAAUGGGUCUCCGCAACAAAAUGGCAUGGUGGAGUGGAAGAAUAGAACCAUUCUUAACAUGGUUCGAAGCAUGCUUAAGAGCAAGAAUAUGCCUAAGGAAUUCGGGAUAGAAGCAGUGGCAUGUGCUGUGUUUUUGUCUAAUCUUUCUCCCUCAAGAAGUGUUCAAGGUAUGACACUACAAGAAGCCUGGAGUGGUCAAAAGCCUAAUGUUUCUCGCCUUUGUGUUUUUGGAAGUAUUGCUUUUAUUCAUGUUCCAAAUGAGAAGAGAUCAAAUCUUGAUGGAAAAAGUGAGAAAUUUGUCUUCAUCGGCUAUGAUUCAAGCCCCAGAGGCUACAAGUUUUACAAUCCCUCCAAUGGGAAGAUUGUAAUCAGUAAAGAUGCUAAGCCACUACGUACAAGAAAUCUUGCUGAUAUUUAUGAAGAAACAGAGGUGGUUGAUAAUCCAAGUUUCUUUUGUCUCUUUGUUGACAUCGAGCCGUCAAAUUUCGAAGAGGCAGCAAUAGACAAGAAAUGGAAGCAUGCAAUGGAUGAAGAGAUUAAAGCAAUCCAGAAGAAUGGCACAUGGGAGCUGGUGACUCUUCUGAAAGGGCAAAAGCCAUUGGGAUAUGUUGUCAAGGGACAUGAAGAAAAAGUCUUGAAAUUGAAGAAGGCAUUAUAUGGCUUGAAGCAAGCGCUAAGGGCAUGGAAUAGCCGCAUUGAUAGAUAUUUCCAAGACCAUGGAUUCACCAAAUGUCCACAUGAACAUGCUUUUUAUGUCAAAGAAGACAAAAAUGGAGGCUUUAUGCUAGUGUGCCUAUAUGUUGAUGACUUGAUCUUCAUCGGAAAUAAUGCAAACAUGUUUGGAGAAUUUAAAAAGAUGGAAAAUUGCAAGCCGGUAAGCACCCCCAUUGCUUGUGGAACUCGAUUGUCAAAGUACGAUGAAAGUCCUUUGGAUCCAUCUCUGCAUAGAAGCCUUGUUGGAAAUCUGAGAUAUUUGACUUGCACAAGACCAGACAUUCUUUAUGGUGUUGGUCUUGUGAGUCGGUACAUGGAGGCACCUACUUUAACACACAUGAAGAUGACCAAGAGAGUACUUCGAUACAUCAAAGGUACUAUUGAUUAUGGCCUAAGUUAUUCUUUUUCCACAAAUUUCAAACUCUAUGGCUACAAUGAUAGUGACUGGGGUGGUGAUGUUGAUGAUCGAAAAAGCACCACUGGCUUUUUAUUUUUCUUGGGUGACACUGCUUUCACUUGGUGUUCAAAAAAGCAACCCAUUGUAACUCUCUCUACUUGUGAAGCUGAAUAUGCUUUUGCUGCAUCAUGUGUCUGUCAUGCAAUUUGGCUAAGGAAGUUGUUGGAGAUGCUGCACAUGCCUCAAGAUGAAGCUAUAACCAUUUACAUAGACAAAAAGUCAGCUAUUGCUUUGGGAAAGAAUCCAAUGUUUCGUGAUCGAAGCAAGCAUAUAGACACCAGAUAUCACUUUAUCAGGGAGUGCAUUGAGAGGAAAGAUGUAAAGCUUGCCUACGUGAAGACUAAUGAUCAAAUUAUAGAUAUUUUCACUAAGGCACUAAAGUUUGAAGAUUUUGCAAGACUACGUGCUUGGAUUGGAGUGGCUGUGGGUGCUCAAGUUUCUGGGGGGGGGGUGUUGGAAAAAUAAACUUGAUUUAUUAAUCUCUUAUUUUUAGUCUUGUCCCUACAUGGCUCAUGUAUCAGCAUAGUUUAUGUACCCAUUGCAUUUUAUCUUUACAGUUUCUAGGAGUUGCAUUUAACUGCUUUGGGUUUGGUCUUUUGUGCCUAUAAAAUGGCUUGUACUUG